AUGCGAAGGCGUUAUUUGGCCGAAGGCAAAACAAACGAGAGAAACAAACAUUUCUUCGCUUCUUCUCCCUCUCUGUCUCUCAUCCACUUUCUCUCUCUCUCUCUCUCUCUCUCUCUCUCUCUCUCUCUCUCUCUCUCUUUCUCUCUCACUUUCUUUUCUUUUCAUUUUUUCCCUUUGGAAUGCACAAAUCAAAUGGCUUAUAUUUUCUCUUCUGUUUUCCCUGUCUCUUUCUCCACCUUUCUAAAAAUCUGGAAACGCUUAUUCAAAGCUUCUUUUUUCUCCUUUUUUUUUUUCGCUUUUCCAUCUAAUUCUCUGUUUACUCUUCUUUUUCCUUAUUUUUUCGCCUUUCCUUCUAAUUCUCUGUUUACUCUUCUUUUUCCUUAUUUUUUCGCCUUUCCUUCAAAUUCUUUCCUUACUCUUCUUUUUCCUUAUUUUUUCGCCUUUCCUUCUAAUUGUCUCCAUACUCUUCUUUUUCCUUAUUUUUUCGCCUUUCCUUCUAAUUCUCGCCUUACUCUUAUUUUUUCUUACUUUUUAGCAUUACCGUCUAAGUCUCGCCUUACUCUUUUUUCUCCUUUUUUUUCGCCUUUCCAUCUAAUUCUCGCCUUACUCUUCUUUUUUCCUUAUUUUUUGGCCUUUCCUUCUAACUCUCUGUUUACUCUUCUUUUUCCUUAUUUUUUUCGCCUUUCCUUAUAA